AUGCUGACGCUUUGGGAUUCCGAUCGACGGGGUAACCGCCGCGAAUUCCUGCGGUUCGGCUCCCUCGCGCUCGGUGGCAUGUCACUCGCCGGGCUGCCCAGUGGCACGGUGACCGCGUCGACCGCUCCGCCCAUCACCGGCAAGUCGGUCGUGUACGUCUUCAUGCACGGCGGGCCGAGCCAGAUCGAAACGUUCGACCCCAAGAUGACCGCGCCCGAUGGGGUUCGCAGCGUCACCGGCGAAAUCGCCACCCGCAUUCCCGGCGUUACCUUCGGAUCGACCUUCCCCAAGCUGGCCGCCAUGGCCGAUAAGUUGGCAGUGGUCCGCUCGUUCACCACCGGCGAUGGCCGCCACGACAUCAAGCCCGUGGUCUGCCGGCAAACGUUGGGCGCGAACCUCGGCACAUUCUACGGUCGUGUGGUGGGGGCGAACGACCCGACGACCGGCAUGCCAACCAACGCAGUGUUGUUCCCCCGCGCGGUUGACGACAGCACGCAACCGGGCAACUCGAACUUCGGCGACUUGCGGUCGACAUCUUCCUUGGGUGCGGCUUACGCUCCAUUCACUCCCGGCGGCGAUGCCGAGUUGCAACAAGACAUGCAACUGCACAUGCCGCGCCCGCGCUUGGACAAUCGGCGCGAGUUGCUCUCCCAACUCGACCACGUGCGGCGCAGCGUCGAAAUAGGCGGGGCCGGGGAAGGCAUUGGUCGACUCCGCGAGCAAGCCUUCAGCACCAUCUUGGGCGGCGCGGCCGGCGCGCUCGAUCUUUCCAACGAAGACCCCGCGGUGGUGGCUCGUUACGACACGGCCCCGCUGGUGCGUCCCGAUCAAAUCGACAAGAAGUGGAACAACUACAACAACUACGUCGACAACGCCAAGACGCUCGGCAAGCUGAUGCUGCUGGCCCGACGGCUUUGCGAGGCCGGCUGUGGAUUCGUCACCGUGACGACCAACUUCGUGUGGGACAUGCACGCCGACGUGAACAACGCCACCAUGAGCGAGGGGAUGCAGUACAUGGCCCCGCCGUUCGAUCACGCGGUGGCCACAUUCCUUGAAGAUGUAGAAGAGCGGGGGCUCAGCGAUCGCAUCCUGCUGGUGGCCUCCGGCGAAAUGGGUCGCACCCCCAAGCUGAAUGAACGCGGCGGACGCGAUCACUGGGGCAGCCUGGCCCCGCUGCUGCUCGCCGGCGGCGGGCUCAAGAUGGGGCAGGUCAUCGGUCGUUCGAACCGCGACGCUAGCGAACCCGGCUCGGUGCCCUACACCAUCGAACACCUCGUCUCGACCAUCAUGCAUACCCAGUUCGACUUGGGCACUCUGCGUGUCGCCCGCGGGCUGCCGACCGACAUGGUGGGCGUCGCCACCGGCGGCUCGCCGAUUGCGUGCUCACCCGCGGUGAGCGUGGUCUUUCACCAGGGCACAGUGGCUUGCUGGCACGAUUGGGCGAAACUUUUUAGGUAUCAGCUUCGCGACCCCGAUGUGCGGUUGAUGCUACAGGUGCGCGAUGGCGACGCCGCGGCCUUCGAAGAACUGGUGCAACGCUAUCAGAGCCGGCUCGUCGGCAUUCUCGAACACUUGGUCGGCAGCCGCGAAUCGGCCGAAGAUUUGGCCCAGGAAGUGUUCCUCCGCGUGUAUCGCGCUCGCGAACGCUACGAGCCGGGGGCCAAGUUCUCCACAUGGCUAUUUACGAUUGCCAACAAUGUGGCCUCGAAUGCCAAACGCUCACGCUCACGACGCAAAGAAGUCACACUCGACGCCGACGGUAGCGGACCCUUGGGCCCCCAACCCCUUGAGCAACUUGCCGCCGCCGCCAGCGGACUGAUGCCCACUCGUCAAUUGGACAGCGCCGAAAUGCGACACAUGGUUCGCGAGGCGAUUCAAUCACUGAACGAACGCCAGCGGAUGGCCGUAUUACUCAAUAAGUUCGAAGGCAUGAGUUACGCCGAUAUCGCCGAAACGAUGAACCUAUCAACGAUGGCAAUCAAGUCGCUGCUCACCCGGGCGCGAUUGAACUUGAAAGAAGUAUUGAAACGCUUUGCUUCUCACGAUGCCGAUACCGCGAUGAACGAACCUGCCAACCAUCCCGACGACUUGGCCUACGACGAACAGUUAGUGGCCUACCUCGAUGGCGAACUCGACCCCGAGUCGAUUCGCGAUCUCGAAGAACGGUUGGCCAAAGACGAAGACAUUCGCCAGCGGUUGCACCAGCUCGAACAGGCAUGGGACGCUUUAAACACGCUUCCCGCAAUCGACGUGAGCCCGCAGUUCGCGCACACCACACUGGAGAUGAUUGCCCAAAAGGCCGAGCAAGAGCAGCAAGGCCAAAACGCCGGAUGGUUCACCCCGCGGGUUCGUCGCCUGCUUGUGGGCACAGCGGGCGUGGCGGUGGCAUUCGCCCUGGGGUUUUUUGUUUCGUCCAAUCGAGGACGAGCCGAAAACGAGCAAGUUGUCAACGAACUGCCGCUGCUCGAUGAACUCGAUGCCUAUCGCAGAGCUGGCGAUAUCGAGUACCUGCGGAUGAUUCGCGAGGCCGAGCUAUUCCCGGUGGAGGAGUCCGAAGCGACUCCGCCCUUCAACGCAUUGCUGGCCACGGCCGACCAGCGGCGAGAAUACCUUCAGCAGAUGACGACCGUCGAAAAGAACCGUCUGCGGCGGCAAUUGGAACGCUUCGAAGAACUCGACCGCGACGAGCAGCAGCGACUUCGAGCGUUGCAGAAAGACCUAGCCACCGCGCCCGACCGUGACGAACUGAUGGCCGUGAUGCGGGGAUAUCAUAGUUGGCUCGACGGCCUGUCGACCGCCGAUCGGGCCGCGUUUCUCGCGCGAUCGCCCGAAGAUCGAAUCAACUACCUCCGCGAGGUCAAAGCAACCGAAGCGCGUCGGGCCAGCGAUCGCAGGGCCAUUGGUCGCUGGAUUGAAGAACAGUUGGUGAAACAUCUUCCUCCCGAUGUGCAACAGCGGCUCGCGCAGGUCGACGGAGAGCUUCGUCAAUUCCGAUUGGCCGACGAAUUGAUGCGCGAGCGGGAACGCAACCGCCGCCCCACGUGGCUACUGGCUGAUGAAGAAGAUUUCAAGGUGUUGGAAGCAUCGCUGAGCGACGAAGCGCGAAAGCGACUGGAAGGCCAAUCGUUACAGAAGAAACGAUUCCAACUGGCGUAUUGGAUUAAGGAAUACGCCGACGUCCAUCUCGGCGAGAUUCCGCACAUGGAGAUGCGGCGAUUUUAUCGAGAGUUGCCCGAGGAGGAACGCAGAGAGCUACGCCGCAAGUUCUCCGACCUUUCUCCUGAGGAAGUACGCGAUCAGUUGGAACUGCUGUACCUGGAAAAGAAUCCCUAUAACGAUCGGGCAUUUUUCGAAGGCCUCUAUCUCAUCCACACCCGAGGUCGACGGGGUUUGGUCCUGUACUUGGCAAAUAUCAUAGCGAUCCUGCUGAUCUCCUACAUGGCCAUGUUCAUCUCGAUGUCCCUACUUCUCUCCUUCGGCGAGCGUUUGGUCGCAAUCCCCGGAAAUUUGCACCUCCGGGCCCUCCGUAUUACCCUAUGGUGUGGGGCAUCUUGUACCUAUUGGUGCCACGAAGCUCUGUCAUGCUGCCCGGCAGGUGGGCGGUGCAAAUCCAAUAGGAGUCGCGACGUGUCCAUUCCCGUCACAUGCACGUCCUGCGGUCACAAGUUCAAAGCCAAACAAAAGUACGCCGGCCGCAAAGGUGGUUGCCCGGCGUGCGGGGCCACCGUUCGGGUGCCGGCCUCGGCCGAGGCGGCGGCAAAACCAGAAACCGUGCGUUCUGCCUCCGGCGGUUCGAGCGGUUCCGGAACGAAGUCAUCUCCUGCAGCCAAAGGAACCGUUGCUACGUUGGCUUGUGGCGAUUGUGGCGAAAAGUUCAAAGCACAACUGCAGGCGAAGGCCCGCGAUGGGAAGUGCCCGAGUUGUGGUGUGGAACUCACCAUCCCUGCCGACCCGAAUCUUAAACGUGCACCCGCAGCAGCCGCUCAGGUUCCUGCCGUGGUGCGCCCGGCGAACGACAAUCUGUGGGACGAACUGCCUGAGAACCUUGGCUCCGACGAAGAUGCCUCCAGCGGAUUCAGCUUGGCCGAACUACCCGCGGCCAGCACAACCAACGUCCCGGCGCCUCAGCUUCCGAAGAAGAAGCUCAAGAAGCGGCAGAGUUCCAUUUCCUUCGACGACCCGAUGGCCACGUUGAAAGCCGUGGGCUUGGGGAUCGCAGCCCUGUUGGCCAUUGGGAUCUUAGGCUGGGGCGCGAUGAGCGGUAACUUCCUCGGCGCGUUUGCGGCCGUUGCCCAACUCGUCAUGCUGGGCUGUUACAUCAUGGUCGUUGUGAGCAUGUGUCAGCACGGCCGCUAUGGGUUGGCCAUUUUCUCCGGCGGCGGCUGGCUGUUGGGAAUCCUCAUCAUCUUCGGCACCCUGGGCUCCGCCAUCAUGAAGGCGAACGAAACGAAUCAGGCCCCCGAGGUCGGAGAGAUGGGCGCCAUGAUCGUCGCCGUGGGAUUUGGUGUACUUCUUACUUUCUUCUCUGGCCUUACCACGUACAUCGUCGGUUGGGUGAAGUCCAACGAGUGGCAGUUGGGCGGCGUAAUGCUGGCUUGGACGCUCUGCUUCUUCAUCGGGAUGGUCACCCGGCUCAUGUCGGCCGGGAGCGACUUGUCCAUCGCUGAGGCCGAAUCACCCGAAUUCACUGCUCCCCCGGGGCUGAUGGUCGCCGAGCCGGAGGCGCCGUCGAGGCGAACCGCAGUACCAAAUUCGCCAAGCGAUUCGGAAAGAAGCAACGCCGAUUCGCCUGCCACUCAACCCCCCAAGUCUGGCCUGCAUGUGAAAUUGGCGAACGCGGUUUAUGUCCCGAUCGAAGAUCAGUUCACACGGCGUACGGAAUAUGGCGUCAGCGUCGACUAUACCUUCGAAGCAGAAGGCUUCGAUCCACGUCACCGCUACUUUUGGGUCAUCGAAAACAGCCUGGGGCGUAGCGAGAUGCAUCUCUUCGAGCAGGGGCAAGGCACGUUGCAAGGUUCUCUCUCGCAGUUCCCUUUGAUGGGACGCGAACAAAAGUCUCCCACGAGCUGGAAGUGCUGGAUCGAAAUCGAAACUUCCAUGUUUCAAGGUCGCUCGCGAGCGUCGAAGGUUGUCUCGAUGCGUUCCGCCAGCAAGAUGCCGCCGCCGAAAGAAUAUGUGCCGAUGGAAGCACAAGGCGGAUCGCCCCUCGCCAGCAACAGCGGUUCUCCGUCGGGAAACAAUUCACCCUCUGGCACACCUCCUGUCACCGGUCCUCCCCCGGAAUUGCCGAGAGAGAUGGAACUUGACGAAGCAAUCACGCUCCUCGACGAAAUCGAUCGGAACCGCCUCAAGCAUGCGCUAAGGUGGUUUAGCGAUCAUCCACCAGUCGAGGAACGUCGUUCAGAGGUCGCCCAAAAGUUGGCGGCUCUCGCGAAGCAUCCCGACACGUUUGUGCAAAAGCAGGCGAUCGAGGCGUUGGGCGUAUGGAAUACCGAAGAGCAAAUUCCCCUCUGGAUAUCGCUCUUGAAGGAUGACGCGUUCGGCGUUCGGAACAAAGCCCGUGACGUGUUAGCAACGACCAACAGCCCCCAGGCCGCAGUCGCCAUCGUGGGGUUGCUCGAAGAUGAUCGGAUUGGAUCCAAGAAGGCACUGAUUCAGAUGGGCCCCGUGGCCGAAUCGGCCGUGAUCGUUUUGCUUGAACACCCCGACCAAUUUAUUCGCAGCGACGCAUCCGAAAUCCUCGGCGAGAUCGGGGGCAGAGACUCAAUGCGGGCCCUUAAGAAACUAGCCAACGACCCAAGUGGCAUUACCCGCAGCGUAGCCGAAAAGGCCUACUACAAAAUCGAGUUCCGCCUGAAGCAGGAAGAGCAAAACAAACCCUCGCCGGCUUUGGAGCGCGUGAACUAA